UGUGUCGCGUGCUGAAUGGUAGACCCACCAAACAUGGCUUCGAGUAGAAGGAAACAGGAUGAGAAGAACCUGAAAACCUUGCGAGAACUAGGUUCCCAACCUUCUAAUAGGAUAUGUUUCGACUGCCACCAGAAAGGGACGACCUACAUCAAUAUGACUGUGGGGUCCUUUGUGUGCACGUCUUGCUCAGGCAUCCUUCGAGGAUUAAAUCCUCCGCAUCGUGUCAAGUCCAUCUCCAUGGCCAGUUUCACACAGGAAGAGAUUGAACAAAUAAAAUCAAAGGGCAACCAGUAUUGUGGAGCUGUGUGGCUGGGGCUUUAUGAUGCAAAGAUUAGUCCAUUUCCUGACACCAAAGACGAGCAUAAGAUUAGAGAUUUCAUGAUAAUGAAAUAUGAAAAGAAAAGGUUUUAUAUAGAGCCAAGUAUUGCUGUGAAGAACAUGCCUCCACAAAACUCUAGUGCCACAUCUUCAAAUGCCUCUACACCAAGUAGUGAAACUAGUAAGGCUGGACCAACAGCAAACACCUCAGUUUCGCGUCCAAAUGUCUCAGCCUCGCAGUCAUCAGGGUCAGUAAGUGGUGGGCUAACAAGUGCCACCAAUACUGCAUCAAAAAACUCCACCCCAAAAUCCUCAGCUUCUCUAGAUUUGUUAGCAGACUUGGGCAACCAGUCUGGCUCCACAGUCAACUCUAAUGAUCCUUUUGCCUCUCCAACAAGUUCCAAAGCACCCACUUCAGUUUCGCAGCCUUCAUUUGCUAAUUUUGAGAAUGCGAAUAUCUUUACAAACACUCCUAGCUCCACAUCCAGCAACAAAUCAACCCCUUUGGGCCCACAUCUCCCAUUCUCCACUAGCCCCCUUACUCCUAUGGCCCCUGGUUCCUCUUCCAAUCCUCCUCCCGCAUCUGUCCCCAACACCCAAUCCUCAUCAAAUCCACCUGUGCAAGAUCGUUAUGCAGCCUUGAAGGAUCUAGAUGAGGAGUUCAAGACACAAAAAGAAUCAGAAACAGUAUCUUCCAAUGAUGGAGGCAGUUGGCCCAUACCAAAUGGAAGUCAUCAAAACUCUUCUGUAUUUCGUUCUCCAUCUUCCACUAUGAAUGGAAGUGUGUUUGGUUCCCCUGGCACCUCUAAUAAUGUCUUUGGUACUGUCAAUGGAGGUGGCUCCGGGGGUAUUGGGGUGUUCGGCACUCCCCCAAAUGCUGGCAAUGCCUGGGCUAACUUCACUGGUGCUAACCCAUUUUCAGGGUGUAACAAUGGUGCUCCAUGGAUGAAUGGAGGAGGUUCAUUGGCAACAACACACACUCAGCAGGGAUUUGGUUCUGUCGUCCAACCCAAUCCAUUUGGAACAACUUUAUAUAGGAUGUGGGCACCUGACCCGAACUUCAACCAGUUUGGCAAUAAUGCACCUAUUAAUGGUACAUCAUCAGCUAAUAAUGGUGCAUGGGCAAAUUUCAAUCAGCAUCCACAAAACACAAAAAUGCAGUGGAUGACCAGUAAUGGAACUGCAAACCCAUUUAUGGCCACCCCUCAAAUGCCUUCCAGUGGAUCAUCUUACAACCCAUUCCUGUGAGUGAGAGCCUGAACUCUUGUCACAGUGAUGAGGGCUGCCGCAGUAACACACCACCUCAAGCUGUGUAUGUCAUCAAGCCACUGUCUCGCCAAUUCAAUUCUGUGCUUCUUAUUCCUGUUAAAAUUCUUGUUGAUGGCUAACUUGUUGUAAGAAAUCUUCCCAGUAUGCAAAAGACAAUUCAUAUUUUCUACCUUCAGGUAGCACUAGUUGGGUUUAUACCAUAAGUCAUAUUUAAAUAAUAAGAGAUAAUUUACUGUAUAAAUAUUAGACUGUUUUUAGUUUCUUAACUGCCAAGUAACAAAAUCAUCAACAUUUACAGAUAACUAUUGUAAAGUACAUUGUAGCUUUAUUUAAAAUCAACAGGGCUCAUAGCUAGUGUACAUAGAUGCCCCAUUGUAGGUAGCUUAUAAUCAUUAUCCAGGAAACACAGGUAACCUUGGGUCACAUAUUCUUCACUAUAUACAAAAGUUUUAAUACAAGUUGCGCCAAAUAUCUUAAAGUUUGGGGUGGGAUUUUUAUUUAAUUUUUUUUCACAUAAGUGGAAGGGUUCCUAGAUUCUCUGAGGAUGCCAACUGGCACUCCAACUCUUGAUUUCAUGUUCAGCAUUUUAUUGCAUCAAUCAUUAUUUCGAGCAAUAUUACCGUAUAUUGAUAUUACUUUUUUUAUUCUUUUUGAUAAUUAUUUUUGUUGCGUGUUUAGGAUUAAUAUUGUAGUUCAUGCUCACAGUAUUCCAGCAGGGUAUGAAUUUUGCAACUGCCGGUCACUGAACUAUAAAAGAUAGGUGUGCCACACAAGUCAGGCAGGCCAAGUACAGCCAGUGACAAGAGAGAAGAAACACCACUAGACUUGUGCACACAGCAUCAAACAUCCUACAAAUAUAUAAGAAGCACAUACAGUAGUGAGCUUGUGGAAAAGAACUAAGAAAUCAAAAUGCAUUGAAGCUUUCUUUCUGUGUGUGUGUGUGUGUGUAUAAUGACCUAGCAGCUAAUGAAGAGUACCUAUAUAUUUAAUAUGUUGUUGGGGUAAUGAAUACAUAGACAUAAUUUUUAUAAUCAUGUCUAAAUGGUUACCUAUAGUCACGAACCAUAUGCCAUUGACAGAUACCAUACUAGAAUGUGAGCUGUAUGUGUGUAAAACCUUUGUUUUACCCAUCAUUCCAUAUAUUUGGGUUUUUUAUUAUUGUUUACAUUUUUGUGGAGAAAAUGUCCCAGCUCAAAAAAAAUUUACUCAUAUUCAAUGUACUUCUCUGCACCAGUGAAAGAAAGAUGUAGGUAAUGUACAUAAUGAAUAAUAGUGUCUGUCUAAUGUUCAAUUUUUGACCAUUGGAAACCAUUCAACCAUUUUCUUAACUGAAGUAGUUAGUGACAAGUAAAAAGAUGCUUUAAGGUUAUUUCAGGUUAGCUUUAUCCUUUGAAUAUAUUUUACAGUUUGAAUUAAUAUGGAAUAAUUUAUAAAUAAAUAUCCAAAUAAUAUAAACAGCUGUAAACUUUUUAACUAUGUAAAAAUGUGAUGUGAGGAUUGGUAUGCAAAGUGGAAAUAUAAAUUAGUUAUCUGCAAUAUCCAUGCUGAUGGUUUGUCACUAGUGUAUUUAGUUACUUGGGGGAGGAACUGAACUUAGAACUGAGAUGCCACUAUUGACUGUCGUUCUUAUUUUUUAAGUUAAAACCAGUCUGUCUGCCUGUCUUUACCUAACAGAGAGUGCCAGUUGUCACGUAGUCAUUAGUCAUUCAGUCACCACUAGUUGUUGAUGUAUCACGAUUCAUUUGUGAUGGUCCUGCACUUGUUAAUAUGUAUACCUAUGUUAAUAUUUAUAACUUAUGCAAUGUGAUGAACCUACAGUUAUUUUGUAUAUUUUGCCCACUACAUUUAUUAGGACAUUUAGUAGCCUCAUUGUUCAUCAUGAUGGUCACUCUAGGCUUGUGUCGUGGGUGAGCCAGAAACACAGUGGUGAACCAAGGUCAGUGGCAAAACUUGAAAUUAUGACAGUUAAAUGUCAUUAGAGAGUAUGGGCAGAGAGGGGGAGAGAUACAGAUUUAGACAUGAAAUAUUUGUGUGGGGGGAGGGAGACAGAAGGUAUAAGAAAGGGACAUAGACAGGAGAAAGGGAGGAGCAUAGUUUAGUCUUCCAAGCAUAUUUAUGGUGUUUUAUCCUACCUUCUUUCUCUUGCCACUCUUUCCUAAACCAGUUAAACCAAAAUUAUAGCAAAUGGACUGAAAACUAGAGCAUUUAAUAUCUUGAGUUUUUUCUCAAAUGUUUAAUAUAAAAAAAAUAAUAGUUACUGUUACAAGACACAUUUGUGUGUUAAGGGGUGGGGUAUAUCAGAUAUGGUGAUGAUCCUCUUUCACUACUGAGUUAUUCAUCUUGAUACUUAAGUGUGUAUGAAAUUUGUCACUAUGUGGUGCAGGCUGCCAUCAGAAGAUGCUCCUUCCCCCAGCCAUGUCAUAACUUCAUAAGCCAUGGGGGCACCAAUCUGGGUUUCCUGUUUGAGAACAAGGAUCAGUUCUGAAUAUACCAUACUGAUCUGAUCAACCACUCUGUCAUAUUUACCCACUGCAUGGGAAUAAACCAGAUUCCUAUUGCACAAGUUCAAUGGAGGAGAGAAUUCUGGCUUUAAAAGUCUUCUUGAUAUUUCACAAAUACCGUACAGUAUACUGUAUAUAUUUUUAAUCACUGGUAAUAUCAAUCUCAAAUAUAGUUUCUUUCAUUUGCAUUCCUGAGGGCCAGUGACUGUUGUGAUGUUUCUCAUAAAUUUAUUGGUGAUACUGUACCACCGAUGGACCUGAAAAAGAGAUCAGAAUGGAAAACAAACAGACAAAGAUGUUCUAUAUGUCUGGGCUUUAGUACUGUACUGAAUUGACAUUUCUGAGAAAUUUCCUCAGAAAACAAAGAUCUCAAAAUAUUAGUCAGAACACAUUGACCUAUUGGGUUCUGGUUCUCUCAGUAAUAACUUGCUUCAUCUUGCCAUGUAAUCAUGGUCUUUACUUAUACAGAAAGCUGCAUCCUAUGUGGAUGAGUAAUGAAUCGGCAUGUUUGUUCCAUGAAAACGCCCUAAUCACAGUGUGCUCUCUGUUUUAUCUUCCUCUAUUUUUAUGGACUUGGUGAGAUUCACCUGGGGAUGUGCACUGACAGUGUGACCUAAACUCAAGAUAGGCUUGGCUAGUUUAUCAUGAAAUUUGAAAGGCAACCCAGGGUGUCUGUUGCAUGGACCUGGGUCACAUGUCACAGUCAGGUUGAUAUGUGAUGGUUGUAUAUCAUCCUCUGGCCUAGAAAUUUAUGGUGGUACUGUACUGGCUUGUACUGAAAAUCAAUCACUUAUUACUGCCUUAAUGAUGAUAUUAUUGCAGAAACAGUUAACUGCUAUCCCAGUAUGAUAGCCAUCCACCCACUGUACCCAUAAUAUAACAGUCCACUAGGGAUUUUGAUAAAUUUGAAAGUUUC